UACUAGUACCGGACCGCCGGUGACCAUUCCACCGGCACACGCACGGCCGCGAGAGGGUCUGAUCGAAUACACGCAAUGCCUCGCGCUUCUUGGCUCCUGGCGUGCUCCCCGUGUGCCGGGCUCGCGUCGCUAGCCGCGCUCACCACCGGCCUGCUGGUCCUCGGCUACGCGUCGAGCUCCUUCCUCAGGGAUGCGGCGUAUGGGUACGACGACCCCUACAGCCCGGACGCCGCCGACGCGGCGUCGACGGCGCCGCCGGCGACCGUGCCGAGGCGCGGGGCCGGGUACCCGCCGGUGCUCGCGUACUACAUCUCCGGCGGGCACGGCGACUCCGUCAGGAUGACGCGGCUGCUCAAGGCCGUGUACCAUCCGAGGAACCGGUACCUGCUGCACCUGGACGCUGGCGCGGGCGCGUACGAGCGGGCGCGGCUGGCCGGCUACGUCAGGUCGGAGCAGCCGUUCCUCGAGUACGGCAACGUGCACGUCGUCGGCAAGGGGAGCCCGGUCGACGGCCGCGGCGCGUCCGCCGUCGCCGCCGUGCUCCGCGGCGCCUCCGUUCUCAUGAGGAUUGGCGCCGACUGGGACUGGCUCGUCACGCUCGCCGCCUCGGACUACCCGCUCGUGUCUCAGGACGACCUUCUCUACGCCUUCUCCACCGUGCCGAGGGACCUCAACUUCAUCGACCACAGGAUGGACUCCGAGACCGCGCCGGUGGUCGUUCUGGACCAGAAUCUCCUGCAGAACACCAACGCCGAGAUCUCCUUCUCGUCGGGGCACCGUCCGAAGCCUGAUGCGUUCGAGCUCUUCAAAGGUUCUCCCUGGACGAUACUGAGCCGGGCCUUCGUCAAGCACUGCGUGGUGGCGCCGGACAACCUCCCGAGGACGCUGCUCAUGUACUUCAGCAACGCCCUGAACCCCAUGGAGUUCUACUUCCAGACGGUCAUGGCCAACUCGGCGCACUUCAAGAACAGCACCGUCAACCACACCUUCCGGAUCGCCGUCCCGGAUGCCGCGCCGCCUCACCGGUCGCGGUACGACGCCGUGGUGAGCAGCGGCGCGGCCUUCGCCGGCCGUUUCGGUGACGACGGCGACGAGGCGCUGCUGCAGAGGAUAGACGAGGAGCUGCUCAGGCGACCGCUCGACGGCGUCACGCCGGGACAGUGGUGCGCCGGCAGCGACGAGCAGGCAGCGGGCGAGGAGUGCUCCGUCGGGGGCGACAUUGACGUUGUCAGGCAGGGCGAGGCGGGACAGAGGCUGGCGAGCUUGAUGGCCGGCCUUGUCGGGGCCGGACCGUGAGGGCGCAUUGAGCAUCGAGUACGAAAAUUGGUACACGUGGCUCGCUGUACGCUAACACAAAUACAGUAGUACACAGUUGCUUUGCAGGCCGGCUGCCAAGUCGCAAUGGUCCGACAUGUGUAUAGGACGCUAAAUCCAAAGAGCGCUGUUAUACGUAGGAUCAACCCGAAAUCACUAAUUAAGGGAUACUCGUUGCAAAGGAAUUCGGCUUGCCUGCUCUCUCUCGAUGCUUUCAUUCGUGCUUCCACUUUAUCCUACUGCUGUCCUUUUAUCUUUUUUC